UCAGUCAUCGUCUUGUUCUCGUCGUGAUCGGUCUCUUCUAGAUGGAAGAAGGAAGAAGGGAAGUGAAGUGAAAACAGUAACAUAAUACUGAAGUAGUGAAUAAUACUUCUUUAAGGACACUUGUGGUUGGUGAAAAUCAGUAGAAAAUUCGCACAUCUGUACAGGAAUUUCUUGACCAGCAAAAGUGAAACAAAGUGUAUAGUGAUUCUAGACGGAAGAAAGGCUUAGUGAGGCCCAUCAGGGCUAUUAUCAACCUACCAUGGGGGCUCCUCUUUGGAUAGUGUUUGUGGCAUUUACGACCUGCAUCAUCAAGUGUGGCGAUGGAUUCGAUAUAUUCCCGCCGAAGAGCGAAAUCAUCUACCGGCUGGAGGCAGACGUCACACUGGUUCCCGACUUGCAUUCGCAGUCCAACUACAUUUGGACCAUGGUUGGGCGACUACACGUACAGCGAUAUGAUCCGAACAAUUUGGCUAUAAAGAUUUCGUUAGACGAUCAUCAGUUUCCUGACCAGAGUAAUGUUACGGCUCUUCUGGAGCCGUUUCGUGUAGCUUUGGCUAACGACAGUACGGUCCUGAGCGUCUUAUUCAAAGAAAAUGAACCCAUCUGGUCAGGCAAUAUCAAACGGGCGCUGGCUUCGCUUCUUCAAGCCUAUGGUGACAAUCCGGGAGCGUACGUGGUAGACGAGCAGGGUAUUUUCGGGAGUUGUCCAACCGAAUACUUCGUGGUAAAUAAGUCCAACGUGUUUGAAAUUUCCAAAACCUACGAUAUGGGUAGCUGUAAUAUAUACCCGGGAGCUAUCUAUCUGACAAGAAGCAACAUCCCACUGAACAUUUGCACAGUGAACAAGCAGAAGCAGGCUAUCACUUCUCGAAUUGCGAACUACAAACUGAAGAAGGUUGAACCGUAUCGUUAUAUGUUGUUGGAAAUGGAUGGAACCAUGCGCACCAAUGUACGUACAUUUGAGUCUUACUAUCCGCAGUUUUUGUACUCGAAAGUUCAACUGCAAUAUGAAGAGCACAAAAUCUUAGACGGGCCUGAUCAGAUCUUCAAUGUCGUCCAAGGCAUGUCACUACUAUUCAGUCCAAUAUUAUUUGUCAGUCCGGAUGCGGAAGCUACCGGAGGAAGAAGUCCCAAAUCAAUGGAUAGCUUGGUCAAAAAGACGGGUAAUUUGCUGAAUACCCUGGCGGAUAAUUUGGAAUCAAUUGAUUCAAAACUGAAAGAGCCAUAUGAUGAAACGGUUUCAGAAAUCAUUCGGUUGAUGGGAACAAUGGACUUGGAAACCUUAAAACUGCUCUUCGACGAAAUUGACCUGGGAACGUCGUAUCGGCAGGAGACUGCUAGAAACAUUCUGCUGGAAAUAAUUCCACGAACAGGAACGUCACCGACCAUAUUGUUGACUCGCGACUUGAUCAUCAACCGGCAGGUCAACCCAGCAACAGCAGUGCAGCUAUUGAUUUCGUUGCCUUUCUACAUGUCCGAGCCGUCCUUCGAAGUGGUCAAAGAAUGUGAGGUUUUUCUCAGCUUCGGAACCGACCGACCUGACAUCAAGCAUGCAGCAGUUCUGAGCUAUGCAACUAUGAUCUACAACACAUUCAUUGCUGGCAAAAUGACUGCGGACAGUUUUGAGAAGUACGUCAAGAUUUACUUCGAUAUGUUCUUGAAUAGUUUCGAAUACGAACAGCAAAUGUUAUACCUAGAAGCUUUGGGUAAUCUACAGCUAGAGAAUGUUGCUGAAUAUUUGGAUCCAAUAAUUAAGGCUGACUACCCGCAGAACACCGACAUUCGGUUCUUGGCCAUGUGGGCUACAAUGCCAACUGCUCACCUUAGGCCAAACCAAGUUUACGAAACUUAUUGGCCCAUUUUUCAUUCCAAAACUAGCCCUAUACAACUUAGAGUUGCUGCAUUUACGAUGCUACUGAUAUCCAAUCCAACACCCGGUCGACUGCUGGGACUGUACAGUGUGAUCAAAACCGAAAAUGAUCCACAUAUGAUCAACUUCUAUCGGACGACAGUACUCAGUAUAUCGGAAACCACCUAUCCGUGCUAUCAGCAUUUGAAACAGCUACUUGCCUACAUGACUCGACAGCUUCCCAAUGCACCACCGUCAAAAUAUUGGGUCACAGGGAACUAUCUAUUCGAUUAUAGGGACCGGAAGUUCCACAUCGGAUCGAUGCUGCAAGCACUGUUGAUCGGAAGUCACCAGACUGAUCUACCUAUGAUGGCGUACAUAAAAUUCGAUACCGAAGCUUUAGGACGAUUCACAGGACAAUUAGGACUCUACAUCAAAGCACGUGGUCUAACGGAUGCUGUCAUGCAGCGAUUGACUAAGCUUAACUCCAGCUAUUUGAAAUUGGAUCGGUUAACCAACAUUCUCAAGUCAAUGAAGAUGCCCACUUCGAAUCCAAUUCCGCUUCACUUCGAAUUCAUUGUUCAGUUUGAAGGAAAGGCUGUUCUGUCAUAUCACCUUAACCAAACCACGUUCCACAAUCUAACCGACGGGGACCUUAUCAACCGGAUCAACUUCCUGCUGAGAGACAGCCACAUCAACAUGCAAAUCGUUCGGCGACCCUUCAUGAUCAAGUAUGCUCUCCCCACGCUCAUCGGUACUCCGGCCGACAUCCUGAUCGAAAACACGGUUCUAGCGACAAUCCGAGGCAAUACCACCCAGCAGAUGAUGAUGGAUAAGGUGGCCCGUAGCAAUCAGGUCGAUUUGCGGUACUCAUCGUAUGCCGUUGUCAAAAUUCGAAGCUACAAUCCGAUCGAGGACAUAGAGUAUUCCACCAUUCGUGAGCAAGGGUUCCUGGUUUAUAUUCCGAUCAAUAAUGAAAUUGUGUGGGAUAUUGCCAGCAAGUCCAUUAGCUACGCCUUCUAUCGACCGGAUGGCUUAACGAGUGGAAUAUCCCUGAAAAGCAGAACAAGGAACAUCCCUUCGGACUCUUUGGUGAUGAGGGAUAGACUUGAACCGAAGGAAGAAGAAAUCGCAGGUUUUGGGUAUUCAUUCGAAGAUUUGGGAAUUGAGUUUAUGGCCAGAGCUCACGAAGAUUACACCAAAGACAACGUUAUGUUUAUGUUGGAAACGGAUGUGUUGGAUAACGCCAAAGUUAUUUCAGGUGCGCCGUUUUCUCUGGUCAAUCACGUUCUUCGCAUCAUAAACCUUAUCCAAUUGAAUACAAUUCACAUCGGUCGGGAUAAACAUCUGACUCUACUCGUUUCAAACAAGCAAAAAACCCGCCUUCAGGGAACUUUGAAAUGGGACGAAGAAAACCACUCGAAGCAACCUAACAUACCGGAAAACGAGGUAUUCCGCGUCAAGCUGAUCCUGGCGCAUACCAUUCCCAAGCCCGAAGGCAGUCGCGACGAGGUAAAAGUGUUGCACAAAUGGGAACUUAUAUCGCAGUAUACUGACUACAAGAGCAGCAACGCGGCCAAGUUCUUUUUCUCGCUCACCCGUGAGGAAUGGAACAGCUCCAACUGGAAGUUAUGCUUGAUGGCCGAUUACCAGCCGUUGGUCUUCUUGAAGAGGCCCUUCAGCUUAGUAGGACAUGUGGCUUUCAACGAAACUCGUACCCCGAAACGAUGCCCAGAUCUCCCACGGAUCACGUUCAACAUAUCGUACCAUUUGCCACAUGUUGCCCAGAUUGCUUACAACGUUUUGGAUACCGGAGACUUAAAUUGUCCCAAGGAGAUUCUUCGACUGACCCCGCCACCAUUCUCCGGCAACUGCAGUGCCGACCACUUUGCUCCACUAACGACGGUAUCUGGGUUGGAUGCCCGCUUCAAAUUUGAAAAACUCCCAUCUUGGAUUGUUGAUUUGUUGCAUCGGUUGGACCACCUGGCCUCAGCAGUAGUGCCACGACGCGUCCAAACACUAAAUAUUACCGACCAUUUGGAUGUGAACAUUAAAACCACUCGAUGGAACAGCGACAUGGACAUCACCAUCAAUGGAGGUACCAUCUGGAUCCCAACGCGGUACAGCUACAACGAGAAGAUUCACCAUCCCAGGAAGAGCAGCAUCGAUUAUGGGUUUACGAGUAUGUGCAGUCUAGUCAACAACAAGUUGACCACGUUCCACGACCGGAUCGCCGAGUUGACGCCGGACCUCAAGCAGGACUAUCGACUGAACGACACGUUCCUGCUGGCGGCUGACUGUUCCGAGACGCCAAAGAUCGCCGUCUUCAUACUGGACAACGGCAAAGGCAUCCAGAUUUACACCGGCGGAAACUACGUCGUGUACGAGACCACUGGGCAGCAGGAAUCUGAACCGAUUCUCAAUAUCAACGAUGAGCAAUUGAUCAACCUGAAGAACGUGAUCUACCAGUACCCACCGGAUGAGGAGAUCUACGACUUCCGGGUUUACCUCAACGACGAAGAUAUAUUGGUGGUGGAGAAUGAGCUGAAUGGAGCAGUGGUGCAGUACAACCGAAAGUCGAUAACGAGCAUUCUACUGCCGACUGUUCACAAGGGCCGUAUGUGUGGCCUCUGUAGCAGCCGGGCUCAUUAAUAAUGGAUGUAGUUGAACUAUAUUUAUUCUACCAAAACAAAGCAUGACUUUUAGAUUUAUAUGUCAGUAUGAAGAUAGUUAUUACAAGACGAUGUUUGCUGUUUAGUAUGAAAGACGAUAUACUUCUGCUUGUGGCGUACUUGCCACUUAGUGGUGAACUACUAGUGCUUAAAUGUGAAUUAUAACUACGUGAAUAUUCAACU